UUAAGGAUCGGCCGCUUUUCGGAUGGCUAAAAGCGCCUCAGAUAUGGCGGAAUGGAAACACAGCACAUCGGCUCCGUCCUCAGCAAGCAUGACUUCGCUGUGUCGAGCUCUUUCCCGCAGCAAGUUAAAUCAGUCGGACGCGUUUCAGUCGCAGAAGUCUCUGUCCCGGAGCGCAGCCGGUCAGAGUCGCCGGAGGUUCUCGAGCAGCUCCGAGUCUCCUCCUGAUGUGAGCCCCAAUGUCGAGGCGAGGGUCCUGGUUAUCAACACCGGCGGGACCAUCGGGAUGACGUAUCAUAAUAACGUUUUGUCUCCAGAGCCCAAUGCUUUUGUUGAAACUCUACGCAAACUGCCCAUUCUGCAUGAUGAGCAAUACGCACAACAGACGAGACUGUACGACUACUACAAGCCUCCGGAGAACACGCUGGUGCUGCCGAGGUCCCCUCAUACAGCUGAUCCUCUGUUUCAUGGAUUGUCCAAACAGAAUAAGAGGAUUGUAUACACAGUUUUAGAGUACUCACCCCUCCUCGACUCCUGCAAUAUGACCACAGAUGACUGGGCCACUAUUGGAAAAGACAUCGAGAAACACUAUGAGCAAUAUGAUGGUUUUGUCAUCCUGCACGGUACAGACACUAUGGCUUACACUGCAUCUGCCUUAUCCUUUAUGUGUGAGAACCUGGGGAAACCAGUCAUCCUUACUGGAUCACAGGUGCCCAUCUAUGAGAUGAGGAAUGAUGGGAGAGACAACCUAUUGGGGGCGCUGUUAAUAGCUGGACAGUUUGUCAUCCCCGAGGUUUGUCUCUAUUUUCAUCAUAAGCUGUACAGGGGCAAUCGGGUCACAAAAGUGGACGCCGGAAGCUUUAACGCAUUUAACUCCCCAAACCUGCCACCAUUGGCCAAUGCUGAAGUCGACAUUAAAAUUAACUGGGACACUGUGUGGCGAGCCAAUACAACCGCUAAAUUCACUGUCAACACCCAGAUGAACCGUAACGUGGGUCUCCUGCGACUCUUCCCAGGGAUCACUGCUGAUACAGUCAGGGCCUUUUUGCAGCCUCCUAUGGAUGGGAUAGUAUUGGAGACGUAUGGCAGUGGUAACGCUCCUGAUAACCGGGCGGACCUGCUGGAUGAGAUCCGUAAGGCCACUCAGAGAGGACUCAUCAUGAUCAACUGCACCCAGUGUCUCAGGGGUUCGGUCACGACGUCGUACGCCACGGGACAGGCUCUGAGUGACGCCGGUUUGGUCGCUGGGUGUGAUAUGACCCCAGAAGCUGCUCUUUCAAAACUGUCCUACGUGCUGGCAAAACAGAAUCUCAGUAUAGAAGAGAAGAAGAAGAUGCUGAGUCGAAACCUGCGUGGUGAAAUGAUUGCUGACGUAGGUGGAGCAAAGCUUUCUCUCAGUGACAGUCGCUUUAUUCAGGUCAUCGCCAAGUCCCUCAGCAUCAGCUGUAAAGAGGAGCUUGAAGCCAUUCGAGAUGCACUAACACCUACUCUAGUCUGCGUUGCGGCCAAGAUCGGAGACGUUGAUGCCUUAGAGGCCAUCAGGGAAAUGGGCACUGACUUGAGCAUGGCAGAUUACGACGGCCGCACUCCUCUCCACAUUGCCGCAUGUGAAGGCCAUCUGAAGGUGGUGGAAUAUCUGCUGGGUAAAGGAGCCACUGUCUAUGCUAAGGAUCGCUUUGGCCAUACACCUCUGUGCAAUGCUGUUCGCUUCAGGCAUAAAGAUGUCGUGAAGUUGCUGAGGAAGACUGGAGCUCAUUUUGCCAGGGAGGAAAUGGCGGAUGCUGGAACAGAGCUGUGCAGUCUUGCGGCCGCUGGUGACUUGGAAGGAUUGGAGAUUUGGCAGUUAGCUGGGGUUGAUUUGACCAUGACCAGUUAUGAUGGACAAACACCCAUUGAAGUGGCAAGAGCCACUGGAUGUGUGGAGUCUGUUGAGUUCUUAAAACAGGCAGCUCUGUACCAAACUCAGCAUCAGGCAGAUGAGGGUAAUGAGCCAGUUUUUGAGGAGGAUGAGGAUGAGAAUGGUGAGUAUAUCGAAUUUACUGCCGCUCCAAGAUCUUGAAGAGACCGUCCUGCUCAAUGUCACCUCCUGCCCUGAUCAUCUGUCCAGUUUCAAAGACACGCUUCUACUAUAGAUCUGGACAAAUGUCCUCUUAAUUCAUAAAGAGCACAAGCAAUACUUGAUUUUAAGUUAUUCCCUCUACAACAGUAAGCAAUCAGGUAAAUAUGUAUUCGUAAUGUUAGUAAUGCAAUCAUAGUAUUUAUGCACAAGCACAACUAAUUCGAAGAUUACAGUACUGGGGUGCUGUCAAGCAGUAUGCCAUGACUUGAAUGUGAUAUUUAUAUUUUAGAAAAUAGAAUGAGGUAUUUGAUGCUGUCAGGAUUAAUGGAUGUCACACCUUCAUGUGUUCACAUAUUAUCACCUCAGUGCAGUCACCUUUAUGUGAAUGUAUUUUUCAUAACAGCUGUAAUCACAGUGAAGAUAACAAUGGUUUUACAUACUGUAAAGACUGAAGCACACCAAAAACGUUUGAUGUUUGAACAACGAUAAGUGUUUUAGUUAUGUUUUGUGUUUAAUUGUUCGCUGACUAUCAAAACUGUGAAGUGGAUUUUAAUGGUCUUUAGUUGCUCGUCUGUUUUUUGUGAUUGUAAUCAUGGCUAAAUGUAAGUUUCAAUCAAAUUGUUUUAUUGAUCCAUUUUAAAUGGUUGUGGCAAUAAAAAGACAAAAGCAUAUUUUUAUGCUAUUGAAACCAUCAAAUGAACUUAUGUUUUGUUUA